GCUAAAUACUGGACGGGGUCGAAGGCACGGGCAAGCAGUCACUUUGCACGUCGGGUUUCAAGCAGAAACGGGACGUCGACGUCGAAUUGCCACACCUUCAACUUAGCGGGCAAAACUAUCUUGCUAAACAGUCUCCUUUGCCAUUCUGCAUCCUCGAUCGCAGCACGUACAUUCACUCUUGCUCUCUCUUUGUUUUACUAUGGGGUCUGCCUACAGCACCGCCGUGCCUAUGAGCGAGAUCGACUUCGAGUCGUACAAGGGUCUGCGCUACACCACAGCGGUGCCCAACACGGGAGACGCGACCCACGGCCCCACGUACGAAGUACCCAACACAGUGCCGGUCGACGAGGCGCAACAGACGCUAUACCACAACUUCUUACGCGGUUGGAGCCGCGAGGGCGGCUCCCGUCCGUGCUACGGGCGCCGUGUGGUGGACCCAGCCACGGGGAAAGUGGGCUCCUUCCAGUGGCUCACAUACGCUGAGGUGAAGACCCGCAUGGACGACCUGGCGUCGGGACUGACGCGUGCGUGUGGUCUCAAACGCCAAGAGAAUGUCGGUAUCUUUGCCAAGAACCAAAUCGAGUGGUGUCUGGUCGCCCACGCGUGCGACCGCAUGGCCUACGUGCUGGUGCCGCUGUACGACACGCUCGGACCCGAUGCGGUGCCCUACAUUGCCAACCACACCGAGUUAAGAGUCCUAUUCUGUGGCAUGGACCAGUUCCACGUCGUCAUGGACUGCAGAGACGCCUGUCCGAAGCUGCAGACGGUCGUGCAGUUCGAACCGGUCACGGAGGAGCAGCGCCAUCUAGCUGCAGCCAAGAAUAUCGAGCUCAAGAGCUUGAGUGAUCUUGAACUCAUUGGACGAGCGGAGCCGCUACCAGCGGAUCCCCCGCUUCCGACGGACAUCUCGACGUUGUGCUACACGUCAGGCACUACGGGAGACCCCAAGGGUGUGAUCUUGCUGCACAGGAACUUCACUAUUAUCAGUACACUCGCUGGAGAGAGAUUGCGAGUGGACUCGACCGACGUGCACCUGUCGUACUUGCCGCUACCUCAUGUCUUCGAGCGAGCGGUGAUCGGAUCGAUCUUGCAGAACAGUGCGGCGGCUGGGUUUUAUCAGGGUGACGUAUUAUUCCUUAUGGAGGACCUCGCUGAGCUCGCCCCGACCCUGUUUGUGUCCGUUCCGAGACUGUUUAACCGAGUGUACGACAAGAUCACGCAGGGAGUCGCUGCAGCCGGAGGAUUGAAGAAACUCAUGUUCGAUCAAGCGUACGCCAGCAAGAAGGCAGGAUUGGGUGCUGGCUACAAGACCCACGCUCUGUGGGACGCACUGAUCUUUGCUAAGAUCCGUCAGGUGCUGGGUGGUCGUGUUCGGUGCAUUUUAUCCGGAUCUGCGCCGCUGAGUGCUGAUGUGAAGGAGUUCAUGAAGAUCGUCUUCUGUUGUGACGUGGUCGAGGGAUAUGGACUCAGUGAGACGGCAGCGGGACUGUGUCUUGCUUCGGGUGACAUGCCGUUGGGACCGCACGUUGGUCCGCCACUCGUCCGUAUGCAGGUGUGUCUAGAAGAUGUUCCGGAGAUGGGCUACACCAGCAAGGACAAGCCUCGUCCGCGUGGUGAGAUCCUUGCUAAGGGUCCAGUGGUGUUUGCUGGAUACUACAAGCAGCCGGACAAGACGGCUGAAGUGAUCGAUGAGAAUGGCUGGUUCCAUACUGGUGAUAUUGGAUGCUGGAAUGCUGACGGCACGCUGAGCAUUAUUGACCGCAAGAAGAACAUCUUCAAGCUCUCGCAAGGCGAAUACGUUGCGGCCGAGAAGAUCGAAGGUGUGUAUUUGAAGAGCAAGUACGUCGCACAGAUCUUUGUGUACGGUGACUCGCUGCAGAGCUGUCUUGUGGCAGUUGUGGUGCCUGAUCCGGAGACAGCUGAGGCCUGGGGCCACACCAAGGGACUAGCUGGGGAACAUACCGCAGUGGCACAACUGGUUCACAACGGGGCCUUCCAGAAAGAGGUGCUGGAAGACAUGACAACGACCGGGAAGGAAGCGCAGCUUCGUGGAUUCGAGCUCGUCAAGAAGGUUCAUUUUCACCCGGAUCCGUUCUCGAUGGAGGAGGGCCUCAUCACGCCUACCUUCAAAUUGAAGCGCCCGCAGCUUAAAGCGCGCUUCCAAGCCGAGAUCAAGCAUAUGUACGAGGAGCUCCAGUAACUAAAAAUGCUGCUCUAGGCGCCGAGAAGCUAAGGCGCCGACAACGUUUGAUCAAGUACAUAUUUUGACGUGCUGUUAUCGCACAUCCUACCACUGACUGACUGCAUGGUACGCGUUUUUUUGUUUAGUGUUCGCAAUGCCCUGCUUGCUACCUCUCUUCUUUAUGCACUGGUGAAUUCUUUCAAACGUCGUGAGGGUGAAUCCAAAAAGCGAUUUUAGAGUUUUCAAACAUAAUUUCAAGUAACAUGUUGCAAAAAUGGAUUCUACAAAUGAACCUGGG